GGUGGGGGCGGGGGCGGGAUGACGCAGGUCUGACGCUCGAUUUCUGACCCGGGCUCCCGAGCUGGCACAUGGCUUUGGAGCCCGAGUGUGGGAAAUAGAUCCCGGGUGGCCCCGAGCCGCUUCUGGGGAGCUGGGGCGCCUGCUCAAGUUUUCCUGUAUCAAGUCCCUAAUUGGGUCAAGCUACUGUAGGGAGGGGCGGAUAAUGCGGCUCCUGUCACCCCUCCACCACACCCCCAGACCUAUUCGGUGCCAGCCAGCCAGGUGCCGGUUUAAAUCCCUCUUCCUCUCCACCACCCCCCGCAGACAGACAGACACAUACCACCACCACCAUCCUAGAGUGCAGGGUUGGGCUAGGUGGCUCCAGCCUGGAGCAAUCAGCUCAAAAAAAAACAAACCCUGCGCUCCCAGGCCCCCAGAGAGGAGGACCACAGCAGACUGGAGCCUCAGGGGGCAGGGCUGGACUGGAGGCCAACUGGGCAGUGCCAGCCACAGGCUCGGCCAUUGUUGGACGCCAAGGCAGCCAGCUGUGGACCACCCGCCCCACCCUGGCAGCAGCUGAGGCUGUUUGUCAGUGGAGCAGGGACCUCCUGACCUGGAAGGGAAGGUUGAAGCUGGUAGAAGCAUGUCCCAGGCAACUUCUGGAAGUCUUGUGGUGUUUGUGGUUGGGGUGGGGGAGGAGGGAUGCCAGUGUCUAAGUGCGAGAAAACUCCCAACAAACUCUGCCCCAUGUGCCAGGGCUUCCCCUACUAUUACUCAUCCUCUGGUGGUUCCUGCCUGACACUGGGGCCUCCCAGGUGCCCCCACCCAGGCCUCGGUCAUGUCCAUGCUGACGGUUUCUCAGUGUCUGCCUAGGGGAAGAGGGAGUUGAUAAAUAAAAGGGGCCUAGUUGACAGCCCUAAUCCUCAGCUGGGCUCUUGCCUGUUGGAAUCCACCCUGUCUCCCCCUACAUUUCCUCUGCCCAGCCCAGCCCCCUCGGCCACAGGGACAGGAAACUCCAACAGCAGCAGCAGGGUAAUAGUGUCUGGCUCAGCCCUUUCAGGCAGGACCUAGGUUUUCCCCGCUAAGGCUAGAGGGCAGGAGAGGACAUGGGGUGGGCCAGGGAAGGCCCUUCAAAUGCAUAUCCAUGCCCCCAGGAGCAGGCGCUGGCAUCUGGCCCUGCCUCCACUGUACCCAUGAGGGGAUAUAGCCCCUUACAGUUGUGAGAGGACAGUUAGAAAGUCCAGGGCCCUUCCUUUGCAACUCUCAGGGGUUGCCAGGUGAACGGUUGAAUUGGCCCCUAGCUGUCUUAAUGGGGCUACCUGUCUCUUAGGAACUGAGGCCCAGCCCACACCCAAUGGAUGACAAGAAGAAGAAGAGGAGCCCCAAGCCCUGCCUGACCCAACAAACCCAGGCCCCAGGCACGUUUCGCAGGGUCCCUGUGCCCACCAGCCACAGUGGCUCCCUGGCCCUGGGACUCCCUCACCUGCCAUCUCCCAAGCAGCGGGCCAAAUUCAAGAGGGUAGGCAAGGAGAAAUGCCGCCCAGUGCUGGCCGGAGGUGGGGGCGGCUCGGCAGGCACCCCCCUGCAGCACUCUUUCCUGACUGAGGUGACCGAUGUCUAUGAGAUGGAAGGGGGACUGUUGAACCUGCUUAAUGAUUUUCACUCAGGCCGGCUGCAAGCCUUUGGGAAGGAAUGCUCCUUUGAGCAGCUGGAGCACGUGCGGGAGAUGCAGGAGAAGCUGGCCCGGCUGCACUUCAGCCUGGACGUGUGUGGGGAGGAGGAAGAAGAGGAGGAAGAGGACGGAGUCACUCAGGGUCUGCCUGAGGAGCAGAAGAAGACCAUGGCUGACCGAAACCUGGACCAGCUGCUUAGCAACCUGGAAGAUCUUAGCAAUUCCAUACAGAAGCUGCACCUGGCCGAGAACACUGGACCUGAGGAUCAGUCAGCUGUGUAAGCGUCGGACCCAGGCCCAGACUGCCUUUUUUCAUUCCCUUCAAACUGACUUUUUACAGGACUCGGGACUCGGGCGGGUAUUCAGCAGCCCCCCAGGUGCUAUGGGGAGGGGGGCACUGGAUGGCAUUAAACUCGAAAGAAAGAGGCUCUGUGUCCUCUCUCCUGUCAUUGCGCCUUUGCUCGGCGGCGACGCCCGUGUAACCCACUUUUGGUUGGGAAGUCCUGCUCAGGUAGGGCUGGAAUCCCCGGCGCGGCUCUGCGGGUGGGACUCGGGAGGUAGGGCGAUCGAGACACGGGUGAGCUUGUCGCCAGGACGCGUCAAGCAUGGUGAGGAGGACCGUUGCCGUGGAGACAGCAGGGGCGGGAUCCGACAGGCUAAGGAGUGGCGCGGCCUAAUGACGCACUGCGCAGGCGCCCUGCGGGCCGCGGUACCGUUGGCGCUGGAAUGGAGCUGGAGCAGUUGUUUCGGAAGGUGUCGGCUCUGCAGGCUUGUGUCCGGGGCUUCUUGGUCCGACGCCAGUUCCAGAAUCUGCGAGCUGAAAGCCACAGAUCCAGGACUGCCCUACAGCCAACUUGAACUCCAGGAGGUCCAGCACCUCCGCAGCCACUUGGCCAUGGAACUGCUGUGGUUGCAACAGGCCAUCAAUAGCCGUAAGGAG